CAAGUGUAGCGUGACAUGGGCGAUGACGACCCAAUUCUCCCCCAUGCAGACUAUAAAAGAGGGAUGGAGUCUCUCGAAUUUUGCAGCACCAACUCAAACAUGUUCUCUUCUAAAAACUUGCGAGUGUUGCUCCUUAUUGGAGCAGUCGUGAUUCUCUCCAUUUCUUCUUCAUUAGCUGAUCAUUAUGAUCACCACCACUCACAGCACAAGCCACCACAUGGUCAUCUGUUAAGUGAGGAUAAUGUAGAGGAUGUCCAUGAUCCACCUUACAAGGGUAAGGGAGAGAAACCACCACCUAAGAAUUUUCCACCUCAAAAGCCACCACCAGAGCACAAACCACCACACAAGCCACCACAUGGUCACCUAUUAAGUGAGGAUAGCGUAGAGGACUUCCAAAAACCACCAUUUAAGGGUAAGGGAGAGAAACCACCUCCUAAGAAUUUUCCACCUCAAAAGCCACCACCUAAGAAUUUUCCACCUCAAAAGCCAACACCAGAGCACAAACCACCACACAAGCCACCACAUGGUCACCUAUUAAGUGAGGAUAGCGUAGAGGACUUCCAAAAACCACCAUUUAAGGGUAAGGGAGAGAAACCACCUCCUAAGAAUUUUCCACCUCAAAAGCCAUCAUCCGAGCACAAACCACCGCACAAGCCACCACCAGAGCACAAACCACCCCUCAGACGUCUUUUAGCUACAGAGGUUGUAGAGGACUCACAUAAGGGUAAUAAGCCACCACCAAAGCAUAAGCCGCCACAUGGACAUCUUUUGGCUGAGGAAGAGCUAGCCGAGGAUUCAUAUAAAGGAAAGGGACAGAAACCAGUACCAAAACACAAGCCACCCCACAAGCCACCACAUGGACAUCUUUUGGCUGAGGAAGAGUUAGUUGAGGAUUCAUAUAAAGGAAAGGGAGAGAAACCACCAUUAAAACACCUGCCACCCCAUAAGCCGCCCCAAAAGCCACCGCACAAGCCUCCAACUGAGAACUAAUUAAUCAAGUGUCUGGUUACUGACCAGCAUUAAUAGAUAAAAUGUUGGGAAUAAGAAACGGAGGUUUAGUCUUCUGUUCUUUUAGUGUUUGUAUUUUGGCUUGUACGUACCAUCUGAGCACCGGCCCCUAGUUGGUUGUUCUUAUGUUGAAUACUGUUAUAUAUAUAAUGAGUGUUACUCUUUUAUGGUUUUA